AUAGCAUCAAUAGAACCAUUGCUAGCCGGGAUCCCAGAGUAUAUAACAUCUAUUCCGCAUCUCUUCUCUUUCCUUCUUCAAUCAUUUCCUUCGUCCAUCUUCACAGAUCUCUUUCUGUCACUUCACGCACAACGUCACAAACUUCUUCACAACCAUCUUCCAACUUUCUCCACAAUACCUACCCACAACGCUCACACGAUGCUGUACCAGUCCCAAAUCCACGUCUUGAGCCAGAACGCCCAAGCCCUCAUCAACCUCUACAACACCCAAUACGCCCACUUCACCACCCUCGCCCGCAAGAUGUCCCAGCACCGCGGCCUCUCCCUGACCACCUCCUCCCUCCCCACCCUCUCGGAAUCCGACGCGGCCGCCACCUCGUCCCCGGCACGCGGCAAAGAAACCCGCCUCAACCUACAGCGUGCCCUGCGGCCCCCGCCCCUCGUGCACACGUGGGACUUCUACCACGACCGCCAGGACCGCAAGCCCACGGGCACCCACAACCCCACCACGGCCGCGUCCUCCACCCCCUAUGAGGCGCGCCUGGUGCACCUGGCCGAGAUGAGCGACGUCAAGGAGUGCUGGAGCGUGCUGAACAACUUCAACGUGGCCGCGCUGGAGAAGAAGGACAGCAUCCACCUCUUCCACAAGGGCGUCAAGCCUUUGUGGGAAGACGCGCGCAACCUGCGCGGCGGCGCGUGGACGUUCAAGGUGCCGAAAGCGCAGGGGCCCGAGUUUUGGAAGGAGUUGUGCUUGCUGGCGGUCGGCGAGCAGCUGCAGAAUGCCGUGGCGACGGAUCGGAAGAGUAUGUGUAUUCCCCUUUUCCCCACCUCUUCCUCAGGUUGAGGGUUGUCGGAGAGUGUUUGUUGCUGAUGGGAUGAUUGCAGCGUUCUUGGAUGAUAUCUGCGGCGUCUCCCUCACCGUCAAGUGGACGCACCACCAGAUCUGCGUCUGGAACCGCGAUGCUGAGCACGCGGCGGGCAUUGCGAAGAU